AUGGGCGUAGCCAUGGUGGAGCUGGUGGAGCUGAGACUGAUGGACUGGAAGACGAAGGAGCCAUUCACGCUGAGAGGACAACGCAUCUUCACGGCGCAUGAGGAGCCAAGCUGCUCCUUUGCUGACCUGGAGCACGAAGGCGGUAACAUCGGUCGUGCUCUGCAGGGACCAAUCCGGCGGUGCAGCAUGACCAGAGGAUCGGACUGCACCGUGAAGCUGAGGCCUGUGAUGGUGCACGGGCAGUUGGUGUGCUUGCCCUCUGUCCUUACAAGCAAGGUGGGACUGCCUUGGUCUGAGGGCCCACUUGAUUACCAGGGCGGAGGUAGACCGGCGUGGAGAGACCACAUCACUGCGGGCGGGAUCAACGCCUACAACGGGCACCUGAUCAUCACUACUGCCAGGAGAGCUGAGGAGCUGUCGGCCCUAGGGGACGCCCAUGCUAGGGCAGGCCCCCCACUAUACAAGGCUGAACCUGUGGAGCAUGCAAUCGAACUGAGGAGAGCCAGGUCUAUCGAGCGAGCCACAGACCCGAGGAGAGCCGCUCGUAAGUGGGAGGCAACGCUCAAGAAGAAUAGGGGCUCCCCUCAUACUGCCCCUGCUGGGAGGUCAGGAGACUUCCACGGGUUCAUCUCUACUAAGGAGCCAAGGGGAUCCCGCAAUCUGAUUAGCGAUGUUGAGCCGAAACUUCAACGAAAGUCCCCGGUUAAGAAGCCAAGGGACUGUGACGGUAUCCAUGAUAACUUGAGUAAAGAACUUCUCCGGAUGCUGGCUGCUGAGGGACGGCAUGGACCAGGGCGCGUCUACCCCGAGAGGAGCCCAAGGGAUUCUUCUUAUCCCUUUGCUGAUAAAAAGGCCAGGGGCUCUCCUUACCCCGCCCCUGCUAAGAGGGUGAGGCAUGAUCCCAUGGACACUUCAAUGAACUUUGAGAGGCAGGUUUCAGUUGUCCAGCCAAUGCCUAAACUGGAUGAAGAACCUUACUUUAACUUCCGAGGCCCGGUUCCAUCGCCAACACCUCCGAUCCCUGAGCCUCUGAGCCCAUCGCCCUGGUGUGCUCCAAUAGAAGAUGAUGUGUCCCCUGAUUUGGCUAUGGCAUUUCCCGAACCUGAGGCUAUGAACGUUACGAUGCUUGAGUCUGAGGUCCCGGUGGUAGCUGAUCCUGUGGCCCUACCUGAAUCCGGGGAACCAAUACCUGUGCAGUCCACUGACCUCAUACCCUCCUAUGGCUAUGAGGACUUCAUGAGGGAGUUUAACCGGCUGCUGGAGGAAGAGUGCCCGGAAUUAACUAUGCCGGAGCCUAUAGCUUACGGAUCGAAGCGGCUCCCUGAGGACUCUGAGUAA